ACCGCAUGUGAUGCGUGUAAGUAGGCUUCUUGCUACGUAUACCUGCAUCUCUCAGCUGUGACUGAUGACCGUGUCAUCAGUACAAAACAGAGGAAACCCGGAGGUAGUUGGGGCCAUGUCUUGUGUAUGGGAUCUACAGAAGGUCGUGAACUGACGGUAGUGGACAUUAGUCAUCAAUCAAACUCUUUUAGAAUAAUACUCACUUUUUAUAUAAAACUCUCUUAGCGGAUGAAUAACCAUGAUGGAACAAGAGGAAAGCCAGCCCUUACUGCCUCACAGGCAGAACCACAGAUCUCCACCUCCUCGAAUCACCAUACAUGCAGGCAUGGGUGUGGCUAAGGUUGUAAAAUUAGUAGCUAAAAACUACUGCGUGAAGUGCUGUUCUAAGGAAACAUUAAAGCAGAGAUUUCCCAUCACUAACUGGUUACCCAAAUAUAGUCUGCAAGCACUGCAGUGUGAUUUGGUUGCUGGUCUGACUGUGGCUCUGACUGUGAUACCCCAGGGGCUGGCCUACGCCAAGAUAGCAAGAUUACCCUCACAGUAUGGCCUGUACUCAGCGUUUAUGGGUUGUUUUGUGUACUGUUUCCUGGGGACAGCCAAAGACAUCACCCUUGGACCCACAGCCAUCAUGUCCCUGAUGACGGCGUCCUUUGCGAUCUCACCAGUGGAGAAUGAUGCCACCUACGCCAUCGUCCUCUGUCUCCUGUGUGGGUGUGUCCAGCUCCUCAUGGGCAUCCUAAACCUAGGUAUAUUAGUCAACUUUAUAUCCUAUCCUGUCAUCAACGCCUUCACCUCGGCAGCGGCCAUCACCAUCGGCUUCGGCCAAGUCAAGGGAUUAUUAGGACUUACAGACAUUCCGAGGGAGUUUCUACAUAUGGUGUAUGAAACAUUCAGAAAGAUUCCAGAAACCAAAGUCUGGGAUAUGACCAUGGGGCUGGUGUGUCUUGUGCUCCUGUUCCUACUCAAGAAAAUGCGAGCAAUCCAGUGGAACGACCCUCCAGAUAGCCCUCCUCCAAACUUGUGUGUCCAGUUCUGUCGAUACCUUAUAUGGCUGACAGGGACAGCUGCGAAUGCCAUCAUUGUAAUCUCAGCUUCCGGAGUGGUAGCUAUCCUCAGGAGCCAGAACAUCAAUGAUGCCAUCAGUAUUACAGGCGAUAUACAGCAAGGGCUACCUUCCUUCAGCGCUCCCUCAUUCUCCGUUCAGAAUGGAAAUGACACCAUAUCAGCUGGGACCAUCUUGUCUGGUAUCGGAGCAGGUAUAGGUAUCGUACCACUGUUAGGCCUGGUGGAACUCAUUGCUAUCGGAAAAGCCUUUGCUCGGCAAAAUGAUUACAAAAUCUAUCCAAGCCAAGAAUUAAUAGCUGUUGGUACGGCCAAUAUAUUGAGCUCCUUCAUAUCCUCCUACCCAGUGACAGGAAGUUUCUCAAGAACUGCUGUCAACUCUCAGAGUGGUGUGAAAACACCUGCAUCAGGUCUAAUUACAGGUGCUGUGAUACUGUUAUCCCUACAGUUCCUCACUCCACUCUUCUUCUAUAUUCCGAAGGCAGCACUGUCAGCGGUCAUCAUCUCAGCCGUCAUACAGAUGGUCGACUACAAAAUUGUCAAGAAACUUUGGAAGGCAAAUAAGAUUGACCUGAUCCCUCUGUUUGUGACCUUUUUGUCGUCUUUGGGUGUGGGCAUUGAGUAUGGAAUCAUCAUCGGUGUGGGUGUUGACCUCCUGACCUUGCUGUACCCUAUGGCUAGACCAAAGAUCAAUGUGUCAGACGUGGGCGUGGUGGUACUGAAGAUGGACCAGGGGGUACGCUUCCCAGCCGUCGACUAUAUACAGAGCAGAGUUACAGAGGCAGCUACAGUAAAAGGUGAUAAACUAAGAUCAGUUGUCGUGGACUGUACUUUUGUAACUGCAACGGAUUAUAGCUCUAUGCAGGGCUUCAUUGAGUUGAUUGCAGAGUUCAAAAGGAAAGGAGCACGCAUUGUUUUUGCAUGUCUUAAUGCCAAAGUAUUGAAAAGUUUACAGGACAAAAACAUCCCCGACCUUUUGGUCUGCUCCACUGUGGAUGAAGGAUGUAAACUCCUCCAAGAUGAGUUAAAUCAGGAGUUCGGUGACCUGGGCAAGAGUGGGGAGACAACUGUGGUUGUACCUGUUGACUAUCCAGGUAUAAGACUUUGAUAUGUCAUAAUUAACAUUGACUGGCUGAGGGAUGGAUCAUAGUCAGGAGGUUGUAUCAAUUAAUCCUCCAGCUGUGGUCGUGUAGAGUCGAGGAUCUAAGACGAGGGAAUGCACUUCAACAAUUCUCAGCUUUUCAUCAGUGUAUUAACACUUGUAUAACGAAGUUGUAUUCCCUAGAUUUUACUGACUUAUAGACACAAUAGAAAUACUUGUAUGAUGUAUGUGUCAACAUGGAAAUAAGAACACAGAUAUGGAACAGAGAACAAUGUAUUGUUGACGAUGAUAUUCAAGUGCCAUAAUGACAAUAGAAUCUUAUCUAUAGUACAAUUACCAAAAAAAAAGAAAUCAAUGUGCCAUGAAUAAUGCUAAAAGUACAACAGUUUUAUAACUUGUGGUUGUGUCAUCUUGGUGUUUUGUUUCAAUAGAUUUGUAUCAAGUUUGGUGAAUUAUUCAGUAUACAAUUUAUUACUCAAUUUAAAAGAAAAUAAUUUCAUAUUCUUUAGAUCAACAAUUAUGUAAUUUCUGAUAUACAGGUGGGAAAAUUACAGAAAUUAAAGACCUCUGCUAGCCCCAAAUAAACCUGUUGAUUCUCCACUGCUUACAGAACCAAAUCAAACAUGUCCGACAAUCUCCACAAAGAGAGCAACGAAAGAGCUGUGAUUAGAACUAAUUAUAUAAAGCAAUUUUCUGUAUUAUUCCGAUGUUUUUUUUGAGACAUUGUGGACUAAGCAAAGAUUUUCCAUUUCUAAAGUCCUGUCUACUACCUCUUCCUCAAACUUCUCUAUGAAACUGUCUCCAAUCUGUAUUAGCUGAUCACCUGGUCCAAAGAACCAAGGUAAGCUGAUCCCAAGCCAUGCAUGGUGUCCUCUGUACCGCUCAAUGAAAUCUAUCCAAGGAUUAGGAUUAGGAUUUAAAUUUGUACAAAUGGAAGAGCUAACAUUUGAGUAUGAAGGGACAAACAAAUAUAUGCCAACAGGAAUCACUUCUGAUUCUGCCCAUUAGAACUAUAUCCCUUGGUCCUAACAUUGAAACAAUUGUAAUCCUCAGCCUAUAACAAAAUUUGCGAUUACUGAGCUUCAAGAUUUCAUUACACAUAGGCAAGUGAUACAGGCCCUCUUGGCCUCUUGUUCAUUGCAACUUUCAAGUCUUUUUGCUUAUAAUGAUAACUAUUGGGUCCAAUGUAUUGGAUGUGACAAAUGAUUUUGAUGCUAGGAUUCUAAUUAGCAUUCAACUAAUUUAUUUUAAUAGAAUAUAUCACUACAGGUUUAUAUAUAUAAGUAUAUAUUUUACUGUUGUAUAUUAUGUAUAAAUUUUACUUUAAAAUGACAAAACUUGUGAUAUACUUUAUACAUUUCUUAGAAAUUGAAAUGUUGAAGGCCAAAUUCAAUUAUAAUAAUAAAA